AUGUACAUCCCACUGCGAUGGUCGGACGGAACCCUGCCCCUCGAUUUGGAACCUUCCUCAGGGCGUCAGCAGUGGACAGACGCCGAGGGUGUCACAGACGAUCAAAUCCCCCAUCGCAACCCGCCGUCAGCUGUCUCCACCUGUGAACUCAGAUCUCCCGUGGCGUUAUCGUCGCCGACAUGCUCUAGGGCCCCCGCCGCCUGCCCGUCGACUCUUGCCUGGUGCACCGUCGCUAUUGCGCGAUUCAAGUCGCAGCCAACGGCCUCUAGUACCAGACUUCUCGAUCUCCCCCCUUACCCGAUUAGCAGGCCUGUGGCUUUUGCGGGUACCGAGAUAGUCGCAGGCGAUCACGAGCAGCCUGAUUACGACCGUUUUUACUAUGAGCUAUUUGCAAUCCCAGGCUAA